GUUUGUUGACACUCCCAGGACCAUCCAUCAUGCAGCUCCUCGCCCCGAUCCUAUUCGCAAGCAGCGUCGCGCUCGCUCAGCUCACCGAAGAAGCAUGGCCUUUCCAAGCACCUCAACCAGGCGACCUGCGCUCGCCCUGCCCAGCUCUCAAUGCUGCCGCAAACCACGGAAUCCUCCCUCGCAACGGCCGCGAUAUCGACCUCGAAAUGCUGGGCGCUGCAGUCCGUCUGGCAUACAACAUGACCUAUGAUGCCAUGUUAGUCGUCGGAGAGCCGGGCCUGACGACUUCCACGACCGGAAAUGCUUCGACUUUCCACUUGAGCGAUUUGGCGCAGCAUGAGCCUCAGGCUGUAGAACAUGAUGGCAGUUUGACCCGAGAGGACGCGUAUUUUGGACGAGGGAAACCUAUUCAGAAUGACUUUAGCUGGAAAGCUUGGGGGAGGGCAUUGGAUAGUUGGGGAAACGCUAGUAUCAUCGAUUUCCGCGUCGCCGCCACCGAACUCAAAGCCCGCUUCGACUACGGCAUGCAAUUCAACCCCGAAUUCAACGCCACCUUUGCCCGCACCGGCGCCCUCCUCCAAUACGGCCUCAUGAUGUCCACAUUCGGCAACACUCUGACCGGAGAUGGUAAUGUCUCGUUGAUUCGCUACUGGAUCGAGAAGGAGAGAUUGCCGUUGGAAUUUGGCUGGCAGCCUUCCAAAUCGGAAUUGAAUUUGCCGGAAAAUUCGCUGUUGGCGGGGAAUAUUUCGGAGAUUUGGGAUGAGUUGUGAUGGUGAUGAAGGGGAGAUGGGAUGGGUGGUGGUGGGAGAUGAUGGGGGGAUGGGCGGGUGGAUCGAGAUAUGUAUGUGUGUGUAUGAUAUUGAUCAGAUUGUUCUUCCG